CUUCCUGUUUUUUGGGCUGUAGAACGGGGACGACCGCGCGUUCGACUACUGCGCCUGUGCGUUUUCCUAUUCCGUUUCCGUCUCUUUAAGUGGCCCCGACAGUUGCUAGGCAACAGCCCCAGGUUCCUUUAGUAUUGGGCCUCUGCGGCGGUUCCGGCAGAGGAAAGGAGCCGCCCGUUCCCGACUCCUUAGAAAAGGAGCCCAAGUUGCUGACAGUCCUGAAGUAGAGGGAGGCGACUUGUACAAAUAAAGACCGACAGUGAGGAUUAAUAUUUGGAUCAUUUCAAGAUGAGCUUCCUGUUGCCCAAGCUGACUAGCAAAAAAGAAGUUGACCAAGCGAUAAAAAGCACUGCAGAGAAGGUGUUGGUUCUCAGGUUUGGGAGAGACGAGGAUCCUGUUUGUCUGCAGCUAGAUGAUAUUCUUUCUAAGACGUCUUCUGACUUGAGUAAAAUGGCUGCUAUAUAUCUGGUAGAUGUGGACCAAACUCCAGUUUAUACACACUAUUUUGACAUCAGUUAUAUUCCAUCUACUGUGUUUUUCUUCAAUGGGCAGCAUAUGAAAGUGGAUUAUGGGUCUCCAGAUCACACUAAGUUUGUGGGAAGUUUCAAAACCAAACAAGACUUCAUAGAUUUGAUUGAAGUAAUUUAUCGAGGAGCAAUGAGGGGAAAACUUAUUGUCCAAAGUCCUAUCGAUCCCCAGAAUAUUCCCAAAUAUGACCUUCUCUAUCAAGACAUUUAGCAUGUUCUCCACUGUCAGAGGUGAAGAGAAAGGCACAUCUCAAAACUGCCUGAACACAGCUGUGCUGUUAUUCUGGAAUCCUUUGGAAACGCGUUGAGUGUCCCAGUGGAGGAGAGAUUUGACUCGUAUAGAAAGUACCAGCCCCAAGUAGAAGACCCCACCAGGACUGUGACGAUCUGGGAAGCCUGAGUGUUUACUCUGUGCAGAGCAGUCGAGUCAGCCGUGGUCAAUUUCCCCAGCAUGAUUUGUUUGACUUCUCUUUAUAUUGUGCUUUUCUUUAUCCCUUAACAUAAUGCUGAAUUCUAAACAUCGGCUAAUACUAUUUGAUUUAACUGUUUAUUUGAUACACAAGUAAAAUGGAAGAUCAGUUGCCAUGAGA